ACAAAUCAGACUAGUUACAAAACAUAACACCAACAUCGCACCGGAAAAUCAAAAAAAUAAAGAAUAAUAGAAUAAAAUGUCAAUUUCAUACAGUGGAACUUUAAAACGUUCCCAGGGCAUUGUCUCUGCCAUCGGAAAAGAAUUGAAACGUAUUAAUUUAAAGGGAGUUAAUCGUAUAACAGUAACAUUUGAUCCCUUCGCAGAGAAUGUAAAAUCAACGAGAGACUUCCUUUUUCUACUGUCCACUCCCCGUGUGGUGCUAACAAAUCCCAAGUGUGUGGUAAAAACGGAUGUUGUAUGCAAUCGUCAGCCUGCCGAAGUUAAAUUUUCCUUAAUACCAAAAGCACAAGAACAACUUAAAGUGAAAGACGUUCGUUUCCUUAGCAAUAACCUGAAUACAUUGGAAAUAUUGCAAUUGUGCAAUAAGCAUAUUUCAACAUUGGCACCUGAGGAGGAAGAGACCACUAAAGUGCUUACCAAAGCUGAAAAGCAAAAAAUCGCCAGUGCAGGAAAGAAAGCACCAAAGAAAAAGUAA